UCUAAAGAAAGAGGAACCUGAUUCCUCUAGAGACACUCCCGUCUCCAUGAAUAAAAGAAUAGGCCAGAUGCCAGACAAGGAAGUAUCCCUAGAAGGGAAAUCAGAGAUGGACUCUUUAGCUCCUUCUUUAUCCAGCAUCGUAGUUUCAAAAUCUAAAUUCCUCGCUAAGGAUAAAAAAGACGAUGUAAAGAUCCAUCUUUCCUGCAGCGAAGCGAUGAGACAGACCCAAUAUAAUAAAUUAGUCACUUCUGUUAACAAGUUUGACACCCAAAGGAUCAGGAAAGCUAUCAAAGAAGGUAAGAUUCGGAACUUACUACGAAAUGAAAAGGACAACCCUGCCCUUAUGAAGACGAUUAAGCAAGGAUCUCUGGAGAAAAAUAAAAAUGUUAUAAGGCAUAUUGAUAGUCCUGAUGACUCGAAGAUCCUCAAAGCUCGCCAAAAGAACAAAGAGAUUGUUUCUAAAACCGUUCUAGGCGAGACUAAAUUUGUUCCAAAGUUUGUCAAGCCUGUAAUAAACAUGAGUAUGCCAGAUAGAUCAGUCGAGAUGCGUGGUGAUGACUCUCUCACUCCUUUCGAAAUGAGGAUUCUUAAAGAGAAGCUCACAGUCUCCUCAGGUAAAACUAAAUAAAAAGAGAUCACUACCGAGGGCAAAGAUAGCGUCAAGUUUUGAUAAUAUGCAAUUUAAAGGGAUUAUGCAAGGUAAUAAAAAGUUAUCCCCUCGACUCGAAGAGUUCUUAACAAAUAAAAAGGCGCAUAUUUCAAGACUAAUGAACGAAUCAGAACUCAAAAUGAACGAGAUCUCAGAGCAUCCUGAUAGAAAAGAGGCUAGGCUUAAGGAAAGAUCUUUUGAGAAUAUUAAGCCCUCACAAAGCCUGAAGGUCUUCACUAUAAAUCAGAGUCAAGGGAGUCUUAAUAGAAUAAAUUAUAAUGAAGAGCUUCCCAAAAAGGAUAUGGAAACAUACCAUUUCAAGAUAGAUCUCAAAAAUGAAAACGUCAUGUUUAAAAGAGAGCUACAGAGCAUGGAAGAAGAGAAAUCAAUGGAAGAAAUCAAGACCAUGAGAGCUUCUGGGAGUCAAAAAUUCCUCUCCCGUGUGCGGGAAGAAAACCAGAGAAAUCUUAACACUAAUAAGAAGCAUAAUUUCCCAGCGAUAAGAAUGGCUUCAUCUCUGAACAAUAGUAUUUUGGGCAAAGCUAAUGAGUUUGAGCUUGAAGACUCGAAAUUAUUCUGGAAGAAUAGGCCAAAGAACAAGAAAGGAUGCAUAAUCAAGCCAGGCCACUGCAACAGCUCUGUGAUCUCUCCUGAGACAUUCGUUCACAAGUUUAUGAAUUACUUAAGGAUUGACUUCCCAAAAGGAUACUGGGAUGAUAGAACUACUUUAAGGAAGUAUCAUGAAAUUAUUGAUGCAGCCAUCAACCCUCUCGAAGAAGUUUUAGAUAAGAGACAGCUUCUAUUUGACUGCAAGAGGCUUCUUAAGACAGUCACUAGUCCUGUGUUUACAGGAGAUUGCACCAGAGAGCUCAAUCUGAUAGACUUUACUUUAGUUAAUGAUCUCCUGGAGCAACAGAAGACCAAAGGAAUUGAUUACACAAAGAAAUUUUGAAAGCAAGAACUUGACUUGAUAAAGGAAUAUGACGAAAUUAAGAAACAGGUGCAUUACAAAAACAUUCAUAGGGCCUUCUGGAAGCCUCUUAAAGAUGCUUCUGGAGUAAUCCCUCCCACACUUGAAGGAGCAACAAUGGGUUUUCAAGAUGAUAAAUUAUAUUUAUAUGGAGGUUUUGGCACAAAUGUGUAUAAUGAGAUCAGGUGAUUUGAUAUCCACAAGAACAUUUGGACCACUAUUUCUCCAAAUAAUGAAAUAUAUGAUAUUCCUUUUGAAAGAUUUGGCCAUACAAUGGUGACAUACAAGAACUUCUUCUUUAUCUUUGGUGGUGCAGGAAAAUACAAUAAAAAUGCAAAUAUGAGAGUAUCUUACAAGGAUCUUGUCAUUUAUGACAUUUGACAAAAGAAAUGGAUGGCCAAUUUUGAUAAGAGUAGAGCUUCAGCUAUCAAGCCUGACCAAAGAAUGUACCAUGCUAGCGCACUGUUCGGUCAUAUCAUGUUUAUCCAAGGAGGAAUCAACACUGAGGAUAAAAGUUGAUAUGGAGACAUGUACCUUUACAACUGAGAGGAGCUAAAAUGGGUAGAACUAUUUAAGCCUAGCGUCUUCACCGACUCGAAGAUUGGCAAGAGAUGAAUGCACACAAUGACAACCGUUGUAUCCAAAGAAUCCAAGAUGAGGUAUACUUCUACAAUUUGGAAGAAAUAUGCUAAGGAUAAUCCUAAGUACUUAAGCUCAAACCACUGGGGAAUUUAUCUAUUCGGAGGCUUUGUUGAAGGAAGAGGUCAAACUAAUGAUUUAUUCCUGAUCAAGCCAAAACAUCGUGUUUAUAAGAAGAACGAAGAUGUUGAGCUCAAUGUUGAGAUUACUCAACUACAACCUGAUGGAAAUCCUCCAGUUCUCCGAAUCCUUCACUCUGCUGCUCACCUGAGUGAAAAAUAUUUGAUUAUUUAUGGAGGCAAGAGCGAUAUAGUUUUUCAGAAAAUCAAGAACUUAGCACUGAAUGACAUCUGCUUGUAUGAUAUUCCAAACAAUAAAUGGGAUAUAUUGGUAACAUAUGGAUUUCACCCAACUUCAAGAUGGAGCCAUUGUACAACAGCCUUAAGUGACGAUAGAAUGGUGGUAUUUGGAGGGUCAAAUCUCGAGUCUUACUGAUCCUCAACUCUGCACGUGCUCAAUUUUAGCAAUAGCAAACUGAACAAGUUCCUCAAGAAGUUCGAGAUAGGAAAUAAACAGUUGAAAGUAAAAACUCAGCAAGUGUUAAAGGAGAAAUAAAAUAUUUAUUUCAAUAAGA